AUGCUUGUCGAACUUAUUAGAAUUGAUCCUACGCGAGGAGCGUUGAUCAUUGAAGCACUGGACCAAUAUCGAUCAUGGAUUGGGACACGACGAGCAGAUGAAAUCCAGUCAUGGGAUGAAUGGUACCAAUACAGAUGGGAAGACGGCGCCUGCCAUCUUUAUCUGGCCAUUAUCAUCUUUGCCUGUGAGCUUAAUUUGACUCAGGCUGAUCUGAAAACCGUUGAGCAUAUCACUUGGCCUGGCAUGGUUGUUACAGCCCUAAGCAAUGAUAUUUACAGCUUUGAUAGAGAGGCUUCACUAGAGCUCCAGACGGGUGGUAACAUAAACAACGCUGUUUGGCGAUUGAUGACUGAGCUUGAUGUCACGGCUGGUGAGGCCAAGGAUCUGCUUCUGCGUGACAAAAUGCGCCCACUCGAAACAGAAUUCUUGAACAAAAAGAACACAUAUCUGGCGGAAAAUGAAAACCAGCCAUCGGAUCUGACCUAUUUUGUUGAACUGGUAGAGCUCAUGGUAUCGGGGAAUUGGUACUGGGGGGUUUCAGCUUCUCGAUAUCUGAACUGGAGAGAGAAUGUCUAUCGCUUUGGAGACGUGAAUGCUGCUGAUCUUGAGUUUUAUCACAUUGAUGAGACGAAGGCAAAGUGUUCAGACUACCUCAAUCUAGCAUCAUUGAGAAUUGAGGUUUCAAAGAAGACACAGCUACUUAUUCUGGACAGCGACGUGUCUAAGAAUGACCAAAUUGUUCCUGAAAAGCCACUAACAAAAGCCAUACUUCUCGGACCGAUUGAGUAUAUCCAAGGACUUCCAUCUAAGAAUGUCCGGGGCAUUCUUAUUGAAGCGUUGGCGUCUUGGUUCACAAUCCCCCAGGGGGUGGUUGACCGCAUAGAAAAGAUUGUCUCAUCUUUACACCAUGCAUCGCUAUUGCUUGACGAUAUCGAAGAUCAAUCCCCUCUCCGUCGGGGAAAGCCAUCGGCUUAUCGCAUAUUUGGAACAUCUCAAACCAUCAACUCAGCAAAUUACCUUUAUGUCACAGCCGUGGAGGAGUUAUUACAGUUGCCCGCUGAUGAUUCUCAUCGAGCCUUUCUUGAGGAAAUGAACAACCUUCACAUCGGACAAAGCUACGAUAUCCAUUGGGCGCGUAGCUACAAAUGUCCUUCGAUCGCCGAAUACAUGGAAAUGAUUCAAUAUAAAACCGGCGGACUAUUCUGUAUGCUGGGUCGCUUGAUUUAUACACAAGCAAAGGAGCCAAGAAAAAUUGGAAUUGACGACUUGAACAACUUUUUGAUUCUUAUGGGACAAUAUUUCCAAAUUCGUGACGACUACAUCAAUCUUACUUCUAAGGCCUACAAAGAUGAAAAAGGAUUUGCAGAAGACCUUGAUGAAGGCAAGCUUUCGUUCCCUCUGAUACAUCUUUUGAAUCAUUCGCCUGAUCGCCUCCUGAUUGAAAACAUUCUCCACGAACGGUCCAAAGACGGAAGGAUGUCGAAUGAAGUCAAGGAGCUCAUUUUGGAAAAGAUGAACCAGGCCAAGAGCCUCGAGUUUACGAAGAAGACUCUCGCGUCUCUAGGGUCUCAGGCAAAGAGCGCCCUGGUCAAGCUCGAGGAACAAUCGGGAGCAAGCAAUUUUAUGAUGCAGUAUUUGAUUGAGCGACUGGGCGUUGCUUGA